GCUAUAUAAGAUGAUCGCGACACCAGCUGAGUCAGUCAUUCGCGAACUGCGACAACAUCAGGAUCAUUCGGCCUUUAGGUGGUACAGUGGUGAAAUACAGAAACAAUAAGUAAUAAUAUCCGUAAGCAUUAUUUUUUUUCUGCCUUGACCUUUCCGUUUGAUCGACGAUCAAUCAGAAGGAUGGAUAUUAGGAUCUUCGCGUUGGUCGUUUUUAUUGCUGUCCUGGGAUCCUUUACGGAUGCUCGAUCGGCCUAUCCCGGAUUUGGUCAUCUUUACGGACAUGGAGGACUACACGUCGACAGAGCGUCGGCCAUGAUGCCCAGAUUGAAGCGAGCGAUCGAUGAUUCGAAUGGUGAGAGUACCACCGAAGCAACUACAACGACCUCCUCGACAACAGAUCCCACAACCACACCAUCAUCAUCAACUACAUCAUCAUCAACCACACCAUUAUCAACCACACCUCCAACGUCGCCUACGACUACCCCGUCUACCGAGCCAACCACUACACCCACUACUACAGAGGCGACGUCUCCCACAACUACCCCGACAUCCACUUCCGUUACGACUCCGCUUACAACCCCUGAACCUAGCACAACUCCAGAAAGCACGAAUCCAACGGAGAAACCGAAAGACCUUCAGUCACGUUCGAAUUUCGACGAACCCAAGUCCGAUGAUUCCACUAAGAAACCUGGAUCACCAACUAUGGACGACAAACCACAAACUCCUGGGCCAUAUUUUGGCGCUCCCGGAUUCGGUGGUUUCGGCGGUUAUCCAUCUGUCGAUCCCUAUUUCGCUUAUCCUGGAUUCAACUCCAUACCAGGUUACGGCCCGAGCUAUGCUUGGACUGGUACAAACAAUGGGCCAGGAUACGCUUCCGCAGGCGCAUCCGCGGGAAGUUUUGCAGGAGGAUAUCCAGGAACGGGAUUUCCGGGAGCAGGAUUUCCGGGAGCGGGAUAUCCGAUGACAGGAUUUCCCGCAGCGGGAUCGCCGUCUGUCGAUAGUCGAGGAGGAUUUCAGAAUACCUCACCAAACCAGGAUAAUCCCUCACCAAGCAAGGAUAACAAGCCAAACCAGAUUGGAUAUAAUUUCGGCGGAGAUCCAUUGUAUAAUGCUGGGCCCGGAUUUUUUUAUCCGGGGCAAUUUCCUACUUUCAAUGAUCCCUCCUUUGAUAUGAUUAGGCAAAUUCAAGCGCAGAUCGAAGCGCAGCACCAGGCCAAUAUGGAACUUCACAAUCGUUUGGCCAGCGAAGCUAAUUAUGGUAGCGGUUAUGGUGGUGGUGUGCCGCAGGUUGCAAGUGCCAGUAUCGGUAUAGGCCCAUAUGGUGGUUUCCAAGCUGGACAAAUUAGUCCCGCUGCUCCAGGAAUAGAGUCCAGAUUCGCUGAUGAGCUUCCUCCACCAUCUGGUAACAGCUAUGGAGUAUUUGCAAGUUCCAGUUCGUCCAGCAUGCCCGGUCCGGAUGGCAAGCAGAUUAACCAUAAAUCGUCUAUCACUGGCGUUAAUGAUAAUGGAAGAGUUUCUUUCCGCCAGGUGCAUGAUUAAUUAAACUACACUCUUGAUCGUGCCUACUUUUAUAAUCAUUAAUUUACUGCUGUUUAUUGCGUGCUAUAUAAUGUUGCCAUGAUAAAGUUUUGUAAUUCAGAGUUGUUGAUACUACAAACUGAGAUCGCGACAGAAUUUUCGAGACUCAGGCUCAAAUAUUUUUUUAAGAUUACUAUACAAAUACUCAAAUUUCUUAGGGGUAAUAUAAUCUUUCUAUAAAAUUUCAGUUAUGAUUUUUGUAUGAUUUUCUAUAAUUAUUAAUGGUUUGAUUUUUUUUUAUUAUCUACUCACGAGCAAAAAUCGCUCAUCAUGCAUAUUUAAAAUUUUAAUAAAUUUUCUUAUGUAUUAAUGUUAUUUACGUCCUAUUCGAGGAACAUCGAAUAGGCACAACAAUUUUGCGCAUUUAAUUAUUUACUUAUUAAAAUAUAUUCAUAUUAUUGUAUCUAUUAUGUACGCAUAAAUUAAACUCUUGACGCUUUUAUGA